AGCAAAGAAUAGCAAAUGGAUGCAAAAGAUGGUCUCAAAGCACACACUACUCUAUUCCCACAUGGGGAACAAAAUAGCUGAACUGUAGUUUCUCUUAUGCGAUUGGACACCAUGCCUUCUUUAUAUAUAUUCUCUUUUUUUUCUUUUCCUUUUUUCUUCUUAUUUAAAUGCUUCUUGUUUUUCUAGAGAAUCAUAAAAGCCCAACACAAGACCUCUGUUUUUAUGCACCACUCACAUUCUUUCUCUAACUUUGGAGCUAGGCCCCCCUCCCCCCCCUAUCAUGGCUAAGCAAAUCAACAUAGAGAGUGAUGCUCAAGAAAACCUCCUUACCUCAUCCUCCUCCUCCUCCUCCUCCUCCUCCUCAACAACAACAACAACUUCUGAUUCUUUGGCUGAUAAAAACACUCAAAACUCAGAGAAUUGUACAUCUAAAAAAGGCUCAUCAAUAAAAGGGCAAGAAGAACCAAACAAUGAGAAUGAGCAAGACAACAGCAUGAAGAAGAAGAGGCAGAGAAGCAGUGAUCAGAGUGAUGGCAAGCACCCGACAUACCGCGGCGUAAGAAUGCGUAGCUGGGGAAGAUGGGUGUCCGAAAUCCGAGAGCCAAGGAAGAAAUCUAGAAUAUGGCUAGGAACAUACCCAACAGCUGAAAUGGCAGCUAGAGCUCAUGAUGUGGCAGCUCUAGCCAUCAAAGGUGCUUCUGCUUUUCUAAAUUUCCCUGAAUUGGCUCAAACAUUUCCCCAACCAGACUCCAAGUCUCCAAAGGACAUUCAAGCUGCUGCUGCUAAGGCUGCAGCAGCUGCAGCUGAUGCUUCUGAGGAAAAGCAGAUUAUAUGUGAAGCAGAGGCUGAAGAAGCAGAGCCCAGCAGCAAAGUCAAGCUUCCCAUGUCCUCAAAUUCCACUUUGUCCAUGGACAACAUUAAUGCUCAAGAAUCAACUAGUACUUGUGCUUCAACUGAUUAUGAUGAUGACAAAUUGUUUGACCUUCCAGAUCUUUUCAUGGAUGGCACAAAUGGAAGUGAUCAGUUUUGCUAUUCUUCUUCUUCAACAUGGCAUUUGUGUGCAGCUGACACUGGAUUCAGGCUAGAGGAUCCCUUCUUGUGGGAGUAUUAGCUAGUGCCUAGUGUAGAGAGUGAGAGACUAUGUAUCUACUUUUUCUUUUUCUUUUUUUAUCAAACAGAAAUAAUUAAGUUUCAAAGUUCAUCACAUUUGGUCACUGCAUGGUCCAAAAAUAGACACCAGACCAAUUCAGAAGAAUUAACAUUUGCAUAUUGGAAAUGGGUUUUGUUCAGUUUUGGACCUGCAGCUGCAGAGAUUUGAGAUUAAAAAAAAAUAGGAAAAAGAAAAGAAGAAGAAGAAGAAGAAGUGUGACCAUUUGUUUCUUUUAUUAUGAUUGGCCCUGAGAAAAGAGAAAAGGGCAUAAUCUUUACUGCAAUGGACUAUAUGAGCAGAAUAAACAGUCA